AGUUUUCAUUUCAGUUAACGCUGCCAGCACAUUUUCUUCCUCCAAAAGGAGCAAAAAGCACAAAAACUGUUGCCUAAGCGAAUUUUAUUGGUUUACAUCUUACAAGCACGCAGACAUAAUUUCCGAUUCUCUCACUGGUUUCGGAACUUUCUUUCCCUUCCUUUUGCUCUCUUUUUCUUCCUCGUUUUUGCUGCGAAUCGUGUCUAGGGUUUCGCAUAGCUCAGAAACAGUAAUGGAUUGGGGUAAUGUGACAGCAGAGGAUCUGAUCGAUGCCCUUCGUGAAGUAGACUGGUCAUCACCACCUCGCCCUCUCUCUGAGUUCUUUUCAAGAUUCACUGUCCCAAAAUCUUCUGCCAAAUGGAACAGCCGUCUCAAGUGCAAUCUGUACUACUAUCGGACCAACUACUUCAUUAUGAUCGUUUUCAUUCUGGGACUGGGCUUCCUUAGGCGGCCAGUUGCUAUGGUGGCAGCUCUUUUGACAGCGCUUAGCAUUGCAUUUCUGAAUGAUAGCUUUGCAGGCACUUUUAGUGAGAAGGUAACAAGAACUGUAAGGCAAUUCUCUCCUCAUUUAGCUGCUAAGAUGAGACCUCCUCUAACACCUGUUAUUCGUGGACGUCCCUCAUCAAAAAGGUCAAUUCAUAUUUGUGGUCGGCCCCGUUGGGUGUUUGUCCUGGUAUUUUCAUCUGCGAGUUUCAUCCUUUGGUAUGUCUCCUGUGGUCUCUUAACUGUCCUAUGGGCACUUGCCAUCGGCCUUCUUGCCACCAUCCUACAUGCAAGUUUUAGAACACCUAAUUUGAAGGCACGACUGAACACAUUCCGUGAGGAAUUCCGUGCUGUUUGGCGUAAUUACAGUGAGCUGUAGCUUUGAUGAGCUUACAUGUGUUUGGUUGUUAUCUCGCUUGUAUAGUUGCAGUUGCAGGCUUAUUUGCUAGUUGGGCUUCAGCUGCUGCUUUUAUUGCUACAAAAUAACUUCUAAUGACUGGACAAUCUGCAGAGAACUCCAUCAUCAUGUAAAUGCCAGAACCUCUUUUCUUUCUUUUUCUUUUUCUUUUUUCUUUUUUUCUGUCUGUAAAGCCAGAUUUUCCUAUUCUAAAUUCAUAUUUGAAGAAACAUAAGAAAUUAGUGUGGGGGAACAUUCUUGGGCGAGCUAUUAAUAGCCCCUUUGUGCCAACAAUUCUGUAUUUGCUUUAGAAGAAGCACAAAACAGUUCUUUUGCACGUGUCCUAUGAUAAAGACUUCUAAGAUAUAUUCAGUGUUCAUCUAUAUGAACGCUACUAUAGCAAAUUAUCUACUUUAGCUUUUA